CGGAAAUCGAUCGCGGGACAAUCAUCGACCAUGGAGAUCGAAUGGGGCGAUGGCAGUCCGUUCAGUGACUUCGAGGAAGAGCACAACACCAGCCAUCACGGCGACGACGACAAUAGCCAUGUCAAUGGAGCUGCCGCCAACAACGAGGAUGCCUCGGACGACGACGACGCAUGGGAGGAUGUCGGCAGCAUGCCGCACAACGACGGCGGUGGUGUGUUGUCCGACAACAGCGAUCACAUGGAAGACGCUGACGGCAGCAACGACAUGCACGUGGAGCACCUUCCAGAGGACUGGGACGCACUAAACGCUGCCUUGAACGCGCAGGCAGCUGCAGAAGGCGACGGGAAGCGGACUGGAGCCAAGCCAAAGGUGAAGCGCUUGACAAAGGUCGAAAAGAGUGAGUGGAUGGUGCAGCGCCAGGCGCAUCUCGUGUGUCUCUUGGCUCGGGAAGUGCACGUGAACCGCGCCAUCAACGACGUGACCGUUCAAUGUCUUCUGCGCUCGAUCGUGCCAGCGGCCGUCGACGUCAACUUGUCCACCCAAGCGCAUCAGGGCGUGGUGUAUGCAGUGCAGACGCUCAUGCGAUGGUUCCGACUGGCGUUUCGACGGCGACCUUAUGCCGCCAACGAAGGUCAAGGUGCCAUCGACUUCGACGUAACACCUGCAUCGUUGCUGCGCGCGUUCUUCCAUCGACAAGGGCACGACCAUGAAAUGGUUGCGCUGUUCACGGCGCUGUGCAGGUCGUUCAACAUCUCCACUCGAUACACUGUUAGUUUGGACGUACCGUACGUUUCCAAGCGGAAUGCUUCGUUCGAUCAUUGGUUUGGGGUGGACGUGUCAAGCAGCAACGACACGGUGUCGCAGAAACCGUCCGAUAGGACGAGCAUGCGAAGUUGGUGCGAAGUGUUUUCUGAAGCUAGCCACAAUGCAACAACGGCCAGCAAACACCCGACUUCUUCCUGGGUCCAUGUGGACAUCCUUCGAAACAUUGUAAACCAGCCCCUAGAAGUCGGACGCGUGCGCGGGCGCGGCGCCGUGAUGCCCCACAUUGUGAGCCUGGACGACCAACUCCGCGCGGUGGACGUGUCUCGGACGUACGCGGUGGAUUGGGCACGGACGCAGCCGUUGCGGUGCAACGAAGCGUGGUGGGCGAGGCAACUCCGAGUGGGCGAUAGCAACGCCAACCCCAUCGACGUCGCCAAUGACAGGUUGCCGCUGCCCACCAGCGUCCAUGGCUUUAGAAACCACAUGCAGUAUUGCUUGGAGCAGCAUUUAGGCAUGUAUGAAUGGGUUCGACCUCGAAAACCCGUGGGUGUGUUCAAGGGCCUGCCAGUGUUUGAACGAUGCAAUGUGCACACGCUCCAGUCUGCGCACCGGUGGCUCCGGCAGGGCCGGGUGGUGCUGGAGGCUGAGGACCCGUGCAAGUAUGUGGCCAGGCGGCAGCAGCACCUCCCGCCGCCACCCUCGCAAACCUCCAUGUAUGCCAACCCCGUGCCAUUCUCGGUCGCUACAGCCGUCGUAGCCGCCAACAAGGACAAUGAUGAUGAGGAGGAAGAAGGUGGAGAUAAACAGCUGCCGCUGUACGGCUUGUGGCAGACUGACAAGUACAUUUCGCCGCCAGUGGUCGAUGGAAGGAUUCCCAAGAACGAGCACGGGAACGUUGAAGUGUGGAGCCAGGCCCAUCUUCCCCAAGGCAGCGUGCACAUUCGCCUGCCGCGCGCCAAGGUCGUGGCCGCGCAGCUGGGCGUGGACUUUGCGCCCGCCAUGGUGGGCUGGGAACUCCGGAACGGCCGCAACGUGCCCGUUUUUGAUGGGAUUGUCGUCUGCGAAGACACGGCCGAGAUGAUCGAAGAUGCGCACGCGGUGCUCGAGCAGGACAUCGUAGAGAAGGCCAUUGCCAAGCAUCGAAAGGAAAUCGCCAAGCGUUGGGCCAUCUUUGUCAAGAAGCUGCUGCUCCGAAAGCGGCUGCGCGACGAAUAUGGAUGAGAGCGUAUGACAUGUAAAUUAACUUUGGCGUAGUUACGGCUAACUAUCUGUACAGUCGACGGUGACGGCAAGGUUGUUGCCCCCUACUGCAUUGCCUUUGAAUAGAGAGAUAGAUGGCAUGCAGUACAGUUUGGGACAAGUGGCCCACAUCACCGGCGCUACGUCUGCUUAGCUGUAGUGUAAGCCAUCCACUUGUGGCGUCAAUGCUUGUGUAUAGUCCCGAACACCGCGGCGGUAGGCUAUCGAACGAGUGUAAUGGGCUACGCAUACCGCAUACCCCCUGGUCGUUCUAAAACUCCCUUUCCGCCAUCCCGUUGUGUGGUGGUUGCGUAAAG